GCAUCGAUACUAAGCGCAGGAAGAAACGGGCUGUUAACGAGGAAGACAAUCAGGCCAUGACGGCUGCGAGGAAGAGGAGGGCUAAUAACAAGAAGCGCUGGAUUCAAUUCGGAUCGCCGAUCGAGGGCAUAACAGCAUCGACAUCAACAGCAUCCGUGCCUGUCACUUCGUCAUCAGCUUCUCCCUCCGAUCGGGAACCCCAGGCGAACCAACCCUUUCUCUCACCUUCUUCGACAAUCCCGACCAUCCGCACCGUAAACUUCCCCACGACUCAGAAAUGCUUCAGCGAGGCCGGUUAUGGAGCCGACCGACGGAUCGACAUGACGGGCCGACGGUUCCAACAGCGGUACAACAUCGACCCGACCUUGAUCCCGACCCCAUUCCUGGACCCCGAGCGCGAUAACAAAACGAUCUGGUCCCGCUGGCGGAUGGAUAAGGUCAUCGAGCGGUACCAGCAGCCCGGCUACGAGGACCAGGAAAUCUUGUGCCUUGGACAUGUGUAUCGGUUGCUGCCUGGAGGGAUCCAUCGUGCGUGGGUCGAAUUUGGACAGCAUUUACGGUAUACGGAUAAGGUACACACCUUUGUGGAUGAGAUCUUGAAUCAGCUCUUGCCGGCGUCUUCAGCGUCCGAUCCUGUUCAAGAAGACUCAAAGACCAUGGACGAGAACAAGGAUGAGAACGAGAACGGGACGACCGAGGCUUUCACUUCUUUGCAGCCAUCGACAGCUACAACAACGAGGAUGACAAGGCCAUUCAUCGGCGUACAUCUCCGCAGAGGCGACUUUUACCGCCACUGCCUCGGAAUCACCUCACCCGCAGAUCCUAAUGGCUGGAACCGGUGCUACCCCUCCACCGAGCACAUCAUCUCUCUCCUCAACACCCACACUCGACGUCUCCUCUCCUCCGGCUCCCCUUCAGCAUCACCUUCCACCUCCUCUUCCCUUGCCCCGCGCCAGGACUCUCCAUCGUCCCCUUCGCCCGCCAAAGAAAAGCUUCCAGUCCUAGUCCUGACGAACGAACGCGACCCUGAGGAGCUCGCGAAGGCCGAUGACCAGAACUGGAUCCGAGUGGACCAUCAUCGCUUGGGGACGUUGGAUCGGUUCGGACCUUAUGGUCCGAUCCUGCUGGAUGGCGCGUUGUUGGCGAGGGCAAAGCUGUUGGUCGGGGUUGAGUAUUCGACCUACUUUAAAACAGCAUCCAAGCGUGCAGAGACCUGGUAUGGUGGGCAGACCCUCUUGGUCACGUAGAAACGACGCUCUUUCUGCUCCUUUUUUUUUUCUAUAGACUCUACAUAUCCCUCCACCUGUUUUCUUUCUCAUCCUGUACUUUUAAACCCAUUCACUACUACCACCUCCACUGCAUCUGCAUAGAACUUUAGCACUUUUUUUUUUAUAAACAGUAC